AAGACAGAAAGGAGGGGGCGGCACCUGGGGCGCUGUGGGAUGCAGGCCUGAGAGCUGCCCACCCAGGAACACGCAGUAGGCUGGUCUGGGGGUAGGGGUGGGGCUUUGGAUAAGCCUCCCUGCGCCCCCAUUUCCAUACCCCCCUGGGGGCCAGGUUGCCCUCAGGGCUAUAGUUCCUGCCCAGGAGCCUGUCCUGCUCCCCCUGGGUCCUGCGGGGCCUGGGCCGGGCACACGCUGCCAGUGCCCUGUGUGCAAGCAUGCGCACUGCUUUUGUGGGCUGGGCCUGCCCGCGGCCCUGAGACUUCCCCAGCCACAGCGGGGCGGGCUCUAUCCCACCUGCUCCCCGUGCGGCCAGGGGCAGGGAGAGGGUGCGGGACUCCAAGCAGGGAAGGAGCCAGGCAGUGAGAGGGUGCUGCUUCUGCAGGCCAAGCCCUGGCCUGGGGGGCCCUCGGCAGCGUGGCUCCAGGGGGCUUUGCACCGUCCGCUGCUCUCUGCCGUGCCGGGCCGCCCAGGCUUGCAGCGCCGAGCCCCGCCAUGGAGGACGGCCUCGAGCUGGACCUCACCUACAUCACCGAGCGCAUCAUCGCGGUGUCCUUCCCCGCCAGCUGCUCCGAGGAGUCCUACCUACGCAACCUGCAGGAGGUGACACGCAUGCUGAGGUCCAAACACGGGGACAACUACCUGGUGUUAAACCUUUCUGAAAAGCGACAUGACCUUACGAGGCUUAACCCCAAGAUUCUGGACGUGGGCUGGCCCGAGCUGCACGCUCCACCACUGGACCAGGUGUGCACUGUCUGCAAGGCGCAGGAGUCCUGGCUCAACAGCGACCCCCAGCAUGUGGUCGUCAUCCACUGCAGGGGCGGAAAGGGACGCAUCGGUGUGGUGAUAUCGUCCUACAUGCACUUCACCAAUGUGUCCGCCAGCGCCGACCAGGCCCUGGACAGAUUCGCGAUGAAGAAGUUCUAUGACGAUAAAGUCUCCGAUUUAAUGCAGCCGUCCCAGAAACGGUACGUGCAGUUCCUCAGUGGGCUCCUGUCUGGGACGGUGAAGAUGAACACCGCGCCGCUGUUCCUGCAUUUUGUCAUCCUGCAUGGCACUCCCAACUUCGACACGGGCGGAGUGUGCCGGCCCUUCCUGAAGCUCUACCAGGCCAUGCAGCCCGUGUACACGUCAGGCAUCUACAACAUCGGCCCCGGAAACCAAAGCAGGAUCCAUGUCGCCAUCGAGCCGGCCCAGCUGCUGAAAGGGGACAUCAUGAUCAAGUGCUACCACAAGAAGUACCGGGCGGCCACCCGUGACGUCAUCUUCCGCCUGCAGUUUCACACCGGGGCCGUCCAGGGGUGCGGGCUGGUGUUCCGGAAGGAGGAUUUGGACUCCGCCAGCCAAGAUGACCGGUUUCCUGAUAAUGGCAAGAUUGAGUUAGUGUUCUCUCCCACUCCCGAGAAGAUUCAAGGGUGUGAACACCUGUGCAAUGACCACGGAGUGAUUGUGGACUUCAACACGGCAGACCCCUUGAUCCGCUGGGACUCGUACGAGAGCCUGAGUGCUGGCGGAGAAGUGCUGCACACGCAGGGCCCAGUCGACGGCAGUCUGUAUGCCAAGGUGAGGAAGAAGAGUGCCUCCGACCCUGGGGUCCCAGGUGGGGCCCCGACCGUCUCCGCCGCCGCCAGCCCGGACCAUUGUGACCACACCCUGUCGGUCAGCAGCGACUCUGGCCACUCCACCGCAUCCGUCAGGACCGACCGCACAGAGGAGCCACUGGCCUCGGGGCCCAGGCGGGGCCUCAGCCCCCAGGAAAAGGCCGAACUUGACCAGCUGCUCAGCGGCUUUGGUUUGGAAGAUUCCGGAAGCCCCGUCAAGGAUAUGACGGAUGCUCCCAGCAAGUACAGUGGCACACGCCACAUUGUGCCUGCCCAGGUGCACGUGAAUGGAGACACUGCACUCAGGGAGCGGGAGACGGACAUUCUGGACGACUACAUGCCUGGCCAUGACCUGCACAGCGUGGAUAGCGUCGGGACACUGUCCUCCUCCGAGGGUCACCAGUCGGCCCACAUGGGCCCUUUUGCCUGCUACCAGAGCAGCCAGAACUCCCUCCUAUCCGAUGGAUUUGGCAGCAAUGCCGGCGAAGACGCACAUAGUGGACUCACCCCCGACCUGAGCCUUGGUGCAGAGCCCCUGUUCGAGCAGGAUCGGGCAUUCGCAGUCCGAGAGCCGAAGCAGCUGCAGCCGGUGCUGCGGAGACCCUCCGUGUCGGCCCAGACGCAGGCCUACGGGCAGAGCGGCUACUCCACGCACACCUGGGUGCGCCAGCAGCAGAUGGUGGCUGCCCAGCAGUACGCCUUCGCUCCCGAUGGCGAUGCCAGGCUGGGUGGCCACGGCCCUGAGGAUGGGCCAGGCCUGCUGCAGGCCCCGCCCAGGGCUCUGGUCACCCACACCCGGGGGACCGGCAGCAGAGUGACCCCGCCGAGGGGCAUGGGCCCCGGGCCCCAGCUCCCUGAUGCCCAGCGGCCCCCUCCCAGCAAAGCGUUCAAGCCCAGGUUUCCAGACAUCAGGGUCCUGAACGGGACUGGACCAGAGCCUGGCGCCGACCCUUCCCCAGGCUCGCCCACCUUGGAUAUCGACCAGUCCAUCGAGCAGCUCAACAGGCUCAUUUUGGAGCUGGACCCAACGUUUGAGCCCAUCCCCACCCACAUGAACACGCCCGGCAUCCAGGCCAACGGCCCCACGCAGCUUGACCGCGUGGGAGGUGGGUUACGGGAUGCUGGAGAGGGCCCCGGCAGGGCGUCCGUGCGGCAAGGCUCUCCAGGGGACGAGCCACUAGGCGGAAGAUUCCGGAAGCUGAGCCUCGGGCAGUAUGACAACGAUGGCACAGGGCAGCCGGCCUUCCCCAAGUGCGGAUGGGGAAAGACCCCGGGUGCGGAGCAGGCCCCAAGCGUGGCACCUUUCCUGUCUCCGCCGGACGCCAAGGAGAUAGCGGUGGCCACGUACCCCCAAGACCCUGAUGGGCUCAGCGGCAGGAACUUCUCUCCAACCAAAAGUGGCAGUGACUCGCCCUCCCCCACGCCGGCAUUUCCCGUGUCCCCAGAAACACCUUACGUGACGACGCCCCCACGUUAUGCGCCGUUCAGCCCGCCCGGGCCGCAGGUGGCCAACGCCAGCGGUCUGUACAGAGGAGCUCACGAACCUCGAGGCUGCCCCGAGACCCCGCUUCGUGCUGCGGGGAUGUCCGAGAGCCCUGUCGGGCCCAAAGCCGCGACGCUCCGGGCCGACAUGCCCGCUGUGCCUUCCUCUUUCCAGCGGGCAUUCACAUGCAGCACCAGCCCCAGCACCAGCCCCGGCCAGCGGCGUGACAGCCCUCCGUGUGCCGAGCUCCCGUGGCUGGACAGCAGCCCCAAGGCCUCGCUGGCCCCGCUGGGGGGCGGCCGGCCGGCGGGAAGUCUCCUCAGCCCCGAUGGCCCCGGGCGGCCCCCUCUGCCACCCGCCGAGCUCCAGGCCUCUCUCCAGGCCUCUCUCCACAACCACGAGCUGUCCAUGACCGAGCCGCCUGACACUCUGGGCCCCCCGAGUGGCCCAGCCUUCCCGGGCUUCGGUGCUGCCCCUGGGGGGAGUGGCCUUGCUCCCGGAGAUGACCUUGGGGCCUUGCUGGCCCAUUCCCAUGGAGCACCCCAGACCCCCGGCGCCCCGCGGGUGGCAGCAGCAGCUAGUGACAACGGCUUCCUGUCCUCUGGCUUUCUCACGGCCACGCCUGGCCACGACCAUCACAGCCCACUGACCCUGCCCGGGCAGCCGCCCCUUCCUGAGAAGAAGCGUGCCUCAGAGGGGGAUCGGUCAUUGGGCUCGGCCUCCCCUUCCUCCAGCGGCUUCUCCAGCCCCCACAGCGGCAGUUCCAUGAGCAUCCCGUUCCCCAGCGUCCUCCCGGACUUCCCCAGGGCGGCGGAGCCAGUGGCACCCAGCCCAGAUAACGGAGGUGAUAAGCAUGUGUCCGUGAACUUUGUCCAAGACACAUCCAAAUUCUGGUACAAGGCGGAUAUCUCCCGAGAGCAAGCCAUCGCCAUGCUGAAGGACAAGGAGCCUGGGUCGUUCAUCGUCAGGGACAGUCACUCCUUCCGAGGAGCCUACGGCCUGGCCAUGAAGGUGGCCACGCCCCCGCCCUCUGUCCUGCAGCUGAACAAAAAAGGGGGAGAUCUGGCCAAUGAACUUGUGCGGCACUUUCUGAUCGAGUGUACCCCAAAGGGAGUGCGGUUGAAAGGCUGCCCCAAUGAACCCUAUUUCGGGAGCCUGACGGCUUUGGUGUGUCAGCAUUCCAUCACGCCCUUGGCCUUGCCCUGCAAGCUGCUCAUUCCAGACAGAGAUCCGCUGGACGAAAUAGCCGAGGGUUCUCCCCAGACCGCGGCCAACUCCGCCGCCGAGCUGCUCAAGCAAGGGGCAGCCUGCAAUGUGUGGUACCUGAACUCAGUGGAGAUGGAGUCCCUCACCGGCCACCAAGCCGUCCAGAAGGCCCUGAGCCUCACGCUGGUCCAGGAGCCUCCUCCCUUGUGCACGGUCGUGCACUUCAAGGUGUCUGCCCAGGGCAUCACCCUGACGGACAACCAGAGAAAGCUCUUCUUCCGGAGACACUACCCCGUGAGCAGUGUGAUUUUCUGUGCACUGGAUCCUCAGGACAGGAAGUGGAUCACGGAUGGGCCCUGCUCGAGAGUCUUCGGGUUUGUGGCCCGGAAGCAGGGCAGUGCCACGGACAAUGUGUGCCACCUAUUUGCAGAGCACGACCCAGAGCAGCCUGCCAGCGCCAUCGUCAACUUUGUGUCAAAGGUCAUGAUCGGCUCGCCUAAGAAGAUCUGAGCCAAAAGGGGCCGGGGCGGCCCCAGUGUGGCGGCUGGUGAGCCUGACCUUGCAGCCCCGGGAGGGCGAGGGCUCCUCCUCCCGUUUUAUAGAUUUGGGGACGUAGCCCCGCCCCCUCCUGGCCGUCCUGCCCCCACCCCCCAAGUUCCUGCAGCCAGGUGCAUCUUGGGUGGAGGAAAUUGGACACCGGCAGAGCCCACCCGGGCUCCACCACGUCGUGAGGGGCCAUGUAGGGAAAUGUGUUCCUUGCACGCCAGCGUUUGUGGGAAGGAGGGCGCCCGGCCCCUCGGCAGUGGCCCUAAGUGAGGGGUGGGGCCCUGCCCACCGGCGCUGGUCUGUUUAUCCUGUGCCCUUGGGGGAGAUCUCUUUCCACCACGACAGGGACGCUGGCUAAGUGAGAAGGGUGUGCGUGUUUGACAAAGGUUUGUGCAGCCCAGGCCCUUCCAGAACUCUGGGGAGGGGACGGUGCCAUGGCUGUGAGGACCAUGGAUGUCACCUCGUCCUUCACUGGAGGGGCACUGUGAUGCCAGAGAGCCUCGGCCCCACUCUGGGUCUGAGCGGCACACUGGCCACCAGAGAAGGAAGGUGGACGUGAAAUGCCAUGUCAUAUAAUUUAUAUUCUACUUAUGCCAAAUUAUUUAUGAUGACACUUUGCUGUUGCUGGACGGGAUGGAGUGCCAUCACUGCAGGCUGUGGGCCGAGCCCGGGUGGGCGCACCUGCAAUCCGGGGCUGUGGCCCGACAGCCUCCACUGCCUCCAGCCUGACAGUCAACAUUGUGUGUCCUGGCAGUGGUGACAUCCCGCUAGGGGAAGCCUCUGGAGGGUGAGCUGCCGGCCACUCGUUGUCUGCCUCUGUGGCCCCUGCCGGGAUCUUGUUUCCAGUGUCCUGAGCAGAGGGGAGGAGGAAGACUCAAGGCUCAGACCUUCCAGACUGAUCUUCAGCCAGGGGUCACUCCUCUACACUGCCUUUGAGACCAAAUCGGGCGUGCUGUUCAUGUUGAGGGUCCUGCGCCCCCCGGAACGCUCCGUCUGCAGCACAAGGCACCUCUCAGCCCUGGAGUUGCCCCCCUGCCCAGCUUUCCAAAGUCCACACCAGCUCUUGGGCCCCCAGGGGUCGCCGAUGGCCACCCCAGGAGCUGGGAGCGUGCCUUGUGAAGUCUCGGUGGUAAGUGGGCCAGAGGCCACUGUCACCGCACACAGCCGGAACACGCGAGUCCCCUUGGCCGCGAAGCAGGUGGACGUGCCCCCGGCUGGUUCCUAUCGUACCAAACACAAGUGCCUCAUUUCUGUGCCAAAUGCCUGCCUUGAUCUUGGCGGGCCUUCUCGCCAGCGGGUGUAGGGGCGGGUGUGGGACAGUGUGCGGGCGUCUCCGAGGCCCCGUUCCCCGGCCGAGGCUGCUGACAUCUCAGCUUUCCCUUCAUGGCAGAAAUUCGGCCAAGGGGACCUCAGCCUGAGAUGGCUUCUACAUGGUUUGACCCAGACCCGGCGGCCUGGGUCCCGUGUCCUUCCGAUGAAGGCAGAGAGCGCUCCUUUAGACAUGUGAGCGAGGGCGGGUGUGGGAUUCGGGAGCACAGGCUGUGGGUGACCGAGGAUCAGGGCUUCCCGUGCAGUCCGUGUCCAGAACAUUCCAGAAGCCACACUGGCUUGCUUUUUGAACUGACCAGCGGGCUGCAGCUUCUCCUCCAAGGGCUGAGGGCGUCAGGAAGUUCUCUCCCUCUCCGGAGCGGAGGGAGGCCGACUCCCCGGUGAGUGCGUGUGACAGGUGUCUCCCCGUCACACGUGCAGUUCACAGAACAAGAUGAGUCCAUGAACUGUGCAGGCCAGGGUCGGUCCUGGGAAGGCUCUGACCAGCCAUGGGGCCUCCAGGUGCCAGCGGACACAGGGGUCCUGCCCUGGGUCAUAGCCAGCCUCCUAUUAACCUGCUCAUUAACCGUAUGCUGCAUUCCCCCAGUGCUAACCCAUAACCACAGUGAGUCACCGAAUUUAAGGGUCUCUGCGUGUAUCUCCGGCGUCCUAGACCUCACGUCUCCUUCUCUGCCUUACUUAUUAGUGGGUAUUUUUACUUUUCUUAUAUUGUAAAGAAUAUAUCCAGUAUGUAAAUGAAUGUUCUAUAAACCUUUGUAUAGUCAUUUUGUCUGCUUUUCAAAUAUCAUGUCUAUUCAGAGUAUAAUAAAAUUAGAAAUGUGGGAAAGUA